AAAUGGCGGCUUGUGGCGCUCGCAGUGAAAGUGCGGCUGUGGUUUUCACAACGUCCGUGGACGAUGACAGCGCAAGUGAGGAUGCACUUAUUGAACGCCUGCUGGAAGGAAUUCGCAGCCAUCCAUGUGUGUAUGAUGUGAAACGAAUGGACUACCGCGACACUGAGCGGAAGAACAACGCAUGGGAAGCUAUACGAAAGCAGUGCGGUCUCGCCACAGUUGACCAGUGCCUGAAAUUAUGGAAGAGGCUGCGAGACCGUUUCAACCGAGAAAGAAAGUUAAUCGAGCAGACGAAGAGGAGCGGGUCCGGGUAUGUAGCCAAGCGCACGUGGGAGUUCCUCUCCGCAAUGGAAUUUUACAAGGACUGCGGGCGUAUGAGACCAACCGUAUCGAACGUGCGUGCUUCGCAAGAAGGAGCGACCAGCCAGGACAGCACGGCGGAGGAGCUGCUGAAUACCAUGUGCGGCACCGCCAGUGUGUCUCCGUUGCCCUCUGAGGACAGCUUCGACCAGGAGCAAGCAGGCCAAGCGGACCAGUACAGCGUUGAACCGGUUUCUCUACAGGCUGAUCGACGCACUUGUGUUGGGACUGUGCCUUCAAGUGUUCCGAAAAAGCGCAAAAAGAAUGAUGAUUUUGACCAGCAGCUUCUGAGCCACCUAAAGGAAAAAAUGACAGAAAAUGAGGCAUUUGGCCUUUCUAUCGGUUUGACAUUGGACAGGCUGGCCAAGCAAGUAGCAGCUAAGUGCAAAGCACGGUUAAUGGAGGUAAUUGCAGAGUUUGACAUUUAA